CCGUGCCGGCUGCUACCCUCCGGGCCUCUAGCCCAAAGGAAGGCACACAGGGGAAGUUCCGGUACCUUUUGGGGGGAAGAGGCUGCCAUGGAAGAGCCUGCAGCUCCCACUGAAGCCUCUGAGGCACCUGGGGCAUCUACGGGUGCCGAGGCAGCAGGGGAGGGUGCACCUGGGCCUAGUCUCCGCACUCGCCCGGUCUUCCGGCAAUUUGCGGCUACAGGUCCGGCCCCCCUUCGCGCGUCACGUCUGAGGCCUGCCCAGGCUGCAGGGGGAGGGGCUGGGCCCAGUCGCUUGCAGGGCCGGAGUGGUGGCAGCUGGACGAAGCAAGUCAUCUGCAGGUAUUAUCUGCAUGGGCUUUGCAAGGAGGGGGAGAACUGUCGCUACUCACAUGACCUCUCAGGCCAGCAGUUGGCCAGGGAGGGCCAUGGUUCACUGCCUCGGGCCUCUGCAGACCAAGGCCCUAGCACGGCUGCGCAUACUGAGACCCUGCCUCAGGAAGUGGCGAAAGCCCCCUCUGCUGCGCCUUCAUGCUCCUUGCCUGUGAUUGGCUUGGCUGCUGAAAGGGGUUUCUUUGAAGCUGAGAGAGACAAUGCAGGCCUUGAAGCUGCAGGAGGAGCCAGUGUAGAAGGCUGGGAGAAUGCUAUUGAAUUUGUUCCCGGGCAACCCUAUAGGGGCCGCAUGGUCCCUUUUCUUCCCAGGGCUCCUCUACAGAGCCCAGUGACUGAGAGGGAACAGAUUGCAGUGGGCAGGGGUCAGCAGCUUUGCCGUGAUGCUGCCAUGGGGCAGUGCUUUCGUGGGGAGAGUUGUAUGUAUAUCCAUGGAGAGAUAUGCGAUAUGUGUGGGCUUCAGGUCUUGCACCCUGUGGAUGCUGUGCAGAGGGCAGACCAUACAAAGGCUUGCAUUGAAGCACACGAGAAGGAUAUGGAACUCUCAUUUGCAGUGCAGCGAAGUAUGGACAAGGUGUGUGGCAUCUGCAUGGAGGUUGUCUAUGAGAAAGUCAACCCUAGUGACUGCCGCUUUGGCAUCCUCUCCAACUGCAACCACACCUACUGUCUUAAGUGUAUCCGCAGGUGGAGAACUGACAAACAGUUUGGCAACAGGAUCGUCAAGUCCUGUCCACAGUGCAGGGUUACCUCCAACUUUGUCAUUCCCAGUGAGUUCUGGGUGGAGGAGGAGGAAGAGAAACAGAAACUUAUUCAGCAGUACAAGGAGGCAAUGAGCAACAAGACUUGCAGGUAUUUUGCUGAAGGCAGGGGUUACUGCCCAUUUGGAGAGAACUGUUUUUACAAGCAUGCAACCCCUGAGGGCCCAGGAGAGGAUCCUCAGAGGCAGGGUGCUGAGGCAUCCGGUGCUCACUGCAGUCAACUUUUGGAGCCUACUCAGGCUGUUUGUGUCCUCACCAUUAACUCUGAUGCCAUGGCACACCAGAAUGGAUUAGUAUCACCUGAAACACUUUCCAGAAUGAAGCAAUAAGAAAACAAAUAAAUUCAUCUGCCUAUGUGACAUUAUUUCCAAGAUAUGUGAUGCAAAUAUCAGAAACUGAAAAAAUAACUUAUAUGCCCACAUCAGUGUCUACUCUUCUGUUUCUCCUUUUCCCAUUAAUAAGGAUGCCAAUCCAACCAGUCAUUCAAGCCAGAAAACUUGGCACCACACUUAACUCCAUAUCUCUCUGUAUGUCUCCUGUCCUUGCGUGCAAAGUAGUUGACAAGUGCUCACAAUCUCUGCAUCAAUUGUUUUUUCUCCAUCUCACUGCCACAUCAUAGCAAGCUUUGAUUCUUCACUGAAUUAUUGGAAUGACUUCUGUCUGGAUCUCUUGUCUUAUUCCCACCCAAUACAGGCUCUUCACUCUCGCCAGGAUGAUUUUUCUAAUCUAAGAGGGAAGACCCUCUGUUCUUCCCCUCAGUGUAUAUCAUAAAUUUCAUCUUGGGGGCAAAAGGAUUGAGGGUAGCCUUAGAGCUUUCCAGAUAGGGAACUAACCAGUUGGUACUUUUUAUUGCCCAGUAGGGCAUGAGUUGAGUGAAGUCUUGUACCAUGCGAUCCCUUGGUGUGGGAUUUAUUCUGCUCCUUGAAGACACAGAUUUCUCAUCUUCCUUCUUUAUACCAAAGAGCUACCAUACCAUGAAGCCUGUUUAAAUGUUCUUUUAUGAAGACCCUUCUAAUUACCUCAAGGUGAUGUAGAUUUCUGAAUUUGGGGCAGAGACCAUGGGUUGUGUUUUAACCAUAAAUCUCAUAAGCAAAUUCUUAUGUCCCAGAUCUGACAGGAGGGCUCACAUAAAGAAGGUUCUAUUAACUGUUAACUCCCACUUUCUCUAUGCCCUUUGCCAAAGUCAUCUCCCUUAAGAUAUUGCCUUAUCAAGGAUGCCAGUCCUCUCCUCCUCUAUCACUUCUGGUAUAAUAACAUUCUGGCCACCAAGACCCUUUUUGUGCCACUUAAUAAGUCCAAUGCCUCUUAAUCACUUUUGCUUCAGCUCAGUUUAUGCUGAGUCAGAAGCUGGUGGAAAGGAGAAUGAUUAAGAGUUUUCAUUUUGCUUUGUUUUGUUUUUAGUUGUCUGUUGAUUGUCUAGGGGAAGGGGAAGAUGAACUCCCACUCCAUGGGUGGUAGAGAAAAGGGUCCCUUUUCUGAACCAGAGCUGUUUUUUUUUCCUAAAAGAAUCUUAACAUAUACAAAAUUAUCAAAGCCAACCCAGCUUAGUGCUAAUGGUCUUAUUAUGUUAAGGGAGCAUUCACCCCUUCUGAGCCCUUGAUUAUUUUCAAAGCCUCCCUACAAUAUUGAAAGUAAUUUAUUACUUGCCCAAAUCAAUUAUAUUUAACCCCCCAGGGUUUUCAGCCACAUAAAGGCACUCUAGAGGGUAGGAAAUGAGGAGGAUGGCAAGACAGAUGUUAUUUCAUAUCCCUCAAAAAGUAAAUAUGAUCAGUAUGUCUCUGUUUUGUUUUUUGUUUUUGUUUUUUGUAUAGACUUAUAAUAAAUACAGAGAACAAAUUGAUGGUUUCCAGAAGGCAGAGAGUGGGAAUGAACUGAAUAGGUGAAGGAGAUUAAUAGGUACAAAAUUCAUGUAUAUCAAUAAUUACUCCGAAUGUAAAUUGACUAAAUCCUCCAAUCAAAAGACAUAGGAUGUCAGAAUGGAUAAAACAACAAGACCCAGUUAUAAAAAAAAAGCCACAUAGAUGAAUACUACAGCAUAGGGAUAUACCCAAUAAUAUUAUAACAAUAUUUGGUGACAGGUGGUGACUGCACUUAUCUUUGUGAGCACUGAAUAAUGUAUAGGAUUGUAAAAUCAUUUGUACAGCUGAAUCUAAUAUUGUAUGUCAAUAAUAUUGUAUACAAUCUAACAUUGUAUAUUAACUAUACUUCAAUAAUAAAAAUUAAAAUAGGUAUAUCUGAUUACACUGUUCACCUGAUUUAAGUCCUUCAGAGGCCUCCUCUUGCUAUUAGAAUAAAGGCCACACCUAUCUUUCAUUGUAUUCCUUCUACUUAUGUUUCUAGAUUCAAUAUCUUCCAUUCCUAGCACCUUUUCAUUCUCUCUCUCACUCUCUCUUUCUCUCUCUCUGUCUUUCUCACACACACACAUGCACAUUUGAUGUUUUACCAGUAAUGAUAUUCUCUCAUUUCUUUAAAAAAUUAUGUUUUUAUUUAUUUUUGAGAGAGA